AUCGCGUUGUAAACAAGUGUGCUCCAUGUUAAAAUGAUAAAAGUGCCGUAGAUAUUUACAUUGGCGUAGUCGGCGUUCGUAUCGCCCGUUGUGUGCACGACACCGCUAGACCCAACGCUGGAACUGUGAGAAAUCGGUCACUACAAAAUGGAGUUGAACUUCAUAACAACAUUAAUAAAACACGAUGUGAAUCACAAUGUGAAACAGUGCUUCAAAUCAAAAAAGCCUUUCAUAAGCAGAAAGGAAGAGGUAAUGGCGAUAAAAAGCAAAUUUCCCACCAAAAUACCCUUAAUAGUAGAAAGAUACCACAAAGAAAGAAGUCUACCUACGUUGGACAAAUCCAAGUUCUUAGUUCCUGAAGAUAUCACCAUGUCACAAUUUCUAGUUAUAAUAAGAAAUAGGAUACGAAUUAAACCAAACCAAGCCUUAUAUCUGAUAAUAAACAACAAAUCAAUGCUGAGCAUGAGUCUGACAAUGGCACAGGCGUACGACAACUAUGGCGAUGAAGAUGGUUUCCUAUACAUCACUUACGCGUCUCAAGAAGUUUUCGGCUAUAAAGAUGAAAUGAAUAUCAAACAGUCCAACCAAGAGGUUCAGGCAAUCAGACAUAGGUUCCCAAAUAAAGUGCCUCUGUACGUGGAGCGAUACUCGAGAGAACGAGAGGUGCCCGCUUUAGGCAGAAACAAAUUCCUAGUGCCACAAGAGCUUACAAUGUCCCAGUUCCUUUACAUAAUACGAACAAAGAUGAAAUUAAGAGAUUCACAGGCGCUGUAUUUGCUGGUAAACGAGAAAGUGCUCGCGAGUCACAGUAUGACGAUGGCGCAGGCGUACGAGCAGUUUCGAGCACACGAUGGCUACCUACAUAUCACGUAUGCCGCCCAACAAGUUUUCGGAUGA